GAUUUUGGGCUUUCAAGUAAUUUUUCUCUCCGCAACAAAUCCCCUUUUACUAAACCAAAAAUUGCAGUGUACUUUUUUGUUCUUCAUUCAUCUCAGCUGCAGCGUGCCCUGCUGCUCCCAUGGAAGCUUACAACAACGAAGAGUUCGCAAUUGGAUGCGCUUUAUCCAUCAAGACUACUUUAGGUGACGAGUUUGAAGCUCAAGUUAUCGCCUAUGACAAACCCUCCAACAUCCUCGUUCUUCAAGAAGGGGUUUCUGCAUCAGGGCCUAAGAGAGACAUAAGGCUAUUGAAAGCUAACUAUAUAAAAGAGUUCAGUUUUCUUGGUCAAAACCAAGACCCACUUGAUACCAGUAAAUGUUAUCUUGAUCUCAGUAGUCUUCAAUCCAGAGAAGAUUCUGCUUUAAGACAAGCAGAGAUAGAUGCUGAGAGAUUUGGAAUUGGGGUCACCGCUGAAGCUCAGAAUAUAUUUGAUGCUUUGUCUAAAACGUUGCCUGUGCGCUGGGACAAGACUGUGAUAGUUGUGAUGAAUGAGGUGCGUGUUAGCAGUCCAUACCUUCCUGAAUCUGUUGCUGGAGGCACUCCUGCUGCUAAUGAAAGAGUGCGGAAAGUGCUUGAAUUGGAGAGGAAGAGGUUGCAAUCCCGUAAUACUGGACAGUGAGGAUUCCUUUUCGUUGGUCUGAGAUAUUCUUUGGAUCGGUUUCCUGCUGAGGAAACAAAUACCAAAGGGUUUAGCAAAAAUGGCCGUACAAGUAGCAUCCUACUUGAGCGAAGAUGUAAUGUAUCUCUACAGCUGUAAGAGAUUUCGACUUGGGAAAGUUUUAGUGACGGGAGUUGCUCCACCCCUCACCCCCCGUCACCAAAGAAAAUACAAGUUCUUUUUUUCAUUUGUCUGCUGUAACGUGAGGUAAUUUAAAUGUGCCAUAUUAUGAUUACAAGGUUGAUAACUAAGGAAAUGGUGUCUUCAAGUAGAAACACAGCUUUGGGGGUGAGGAUAUGAUGAAGUUAUUUUUAUCUUAAGCAAAUUUUGUUUUCUUUGA